AUGACGUCGACGGACACAUACCAGUUAAAAUGGCAUUCACACAGUUCGCAUUUGAACGGUUCCGUGGCGGCCCUGCUGCGGUCGGAAAGGUUUACGGAUGUGGUCCUCUGUACAAUGGACGGCUCACAAAUACCGGCCCACAAGUUUAUAUUGAGCUCGUGCAGUGUGUAUUUGAGCAGCUUGUUCGAAGGACAGCGGUCCGUGACACGCAUGGGCGGAAUGCUGUACGUAGUUUUACCUUCAGAGAUAUCUACGAAGGCGCUAAAGAUUCUAGUCGAAUAUAUGUAUAAAGGCGAAACAACAGUAUCAAAUGAAGUAUUAGAUACAGUUCUAAAAGCCGGGGAAGUUUUAAAAAUACGAGGUCUCUGGCGUCAGACUGAUGAACCGGGAGGUGACACUCCUGCCGAGAAGACUAGCACUCAAGUUCUCAACAAGCAAGCCAAAAAGCCCGAAGAACAACCAAAGAUUACCGUUAAGAAGGAUGACAAACUACUCAAAACAUUUAACCCCGUUCAACCUCAGGGAGUCACCAGGCCAAUGUUUAUCGGUCCACCCAAACUGGUGUUCAUCAAGACCACCGAGGGAGGGACUCAAGCGGCCCUCCGUCCAGGGGCACCGAAGGGUCAAACGAUCCUGGUCGCGCCCGCACCUACUACAGAAAUGACAACUGCCACUGUGACCACACCCACCGCGACCGCUACAGUGACAGUGUCCAGUACAGCAGAGGAUCCUGAUGAUACGCCACCGCCACGUAUCUUGCGUCGAGCGGAACGCAAGUACGGCAAGAGGCAGAAGACUGACACCGCGGAUAAGGAGAAGGAAGCCGAUGAGCAGGAUAACGCGUCUGUUAGUUCUAAGAAAUCAAACCAAAGCACAUCGGAAACGAAUACAGAGGUGCAGAUUAAAGACGAACCCGAUUGGGACGCCAGUAGUAUAGAAGAGGAAGAGCGGUCGAUAGCGGAAAUGUUCCAAGCGGAAAUGAGUGUCAAGUCUGAACCUAUUGAUGAUAUGGACAUUGAGGAAGAAAGUUUGCUGUACAGCCCGCUGGCGUGCGAGCUGUGUGCAGAGGUGUUCACGGUGCCGGCGGCCUGGGUGCGCCACGUGCAGAACCACGCGCGCGACAACCACCACCACCCGCGGCGCCGCAAGCAUCGCUCCGCGAGCGAUGACACAGAGGAAACAAUGGCAUUACUACGAUGUGAUCUCUGUCAGAAACAUUUCCCCAACCCUGGGGAGUGGGUCAGACAUAUACAAAGUACACACACUGAAUCAGAAUUGGCCAUAUCAAACAACAGUGCCCCACCAAAACGUCACAAUCGUUUCACAGAGGGCGCGCAAAACAAGAUUUGCACGUUCUGCAAGAAGACAUUCCCGUCACACGCCUCUAUGCUCAUACAUAUGCGUACGCACACAGGUGAGCGUCCGUUCGUGUGCGGUCUGUGCAACAAAGGGUUCAACGUGAAGUCGAACCUGCUGCGGCACCUGCGCACGCUGCACGACCAAGUGGUCAGCCCGGCGCGCCUCGACGACGACGAGCCCGCGCCCGAGCCCAAGCUGUCGAGGCCAGGUCGAGGGCGCGGCCGGCGCGCGUACGUGCCCGCGCUGCACGCCAACGAGUCGGCGCUGCGCAAGCAGAGCUACUCGCUGUUCCUCAAGCAGCGCGCCGUGCUCUUCUCCGCCAAGAAGUGGAAGUAA